CCCGUGAGGUUAGCACCCGGAGCAUCCAGGGAUCACUGGUAUACAAACUGUUCCCUCACAGAUGAGAAGCAUCAGAGUGGGAUAGAGAGUCAUCCCAGAUUCAGAGACGAUAAAUCACACAGCGAUAUACUCACCUCAUAUCACCUCAUUUCAAUCUCACAUCACCUCUACGGCUGAACCUGUGAGAAGAGAGACAGAGGAAGAUGAUGCAAUCAGUGUAUGAUGACCUGUCCAAGCAGAGUAUACAGCAAGCCAAGGCUCUGUGUACAGAGGCCAGGGGAGGAGGUAUGAACUUGGGGAAGAAGAUCAGUGUUCCCAAGGAUGUGAUGAUGGAGGAAUUGAACCUUCCAUCCAACCGCGGCUCCCGCAUGUUCCAGGAGAGACUGAGACGGGUGGAGAGAUUCACACUGGAGAACCAAGUCCAUGACCAUUACAGCAAUGGCCUUCCAGAGCCCUUGCCCCCCCAGACCAUACAGGGGCCCCAGAGGGGGAAAGAGAACCAGGCAUAUCUGAUGCCUGGCAACCACAGCCUGAUUACCACUCUACAGAAGACUGAGGCCAUGAACGGCAGCCCCAACGUCAUUGCCCCAGGCUACUGUUCCCCCUGGAGGGAAGCCCUGGGUGACAGUGACGACCUAAGGUCCUCCCUCAGCACCCAGUUCCCACAGAGGGCCACACUACAGCCCGCCAACUACAGGUGUUUCAACAGAGCGGCCAUGCCAUUCGGAGGCGCACAGCAGAAGAGUAUGAGGGUCAUCCCAGUGAUGGAGUUCGAGCUGUUGGACUCCCAGCGCCUCCCUGGUACGACCCUGGACCGCAUGUGUAAACGGCCCAACUUCAACAGUGUACCACGGGGAUGGGGUCACGACUACUCCCCUGAAUCCACCGACCUGUGAGAGGACCACCACUCACCUACUACCUUCAAACUUCCUGUGACCUUUGUGAAAUCGCAGGCUAAAAGACUUAAGCAUCGUUUUACUCUUAUUACCCUUCCCUCCUGAUUCAAAGAUGACUCCCUCUAGAGUAGGUAGCCCCAAACUAUUUUUAUAUUAAGAUGCUUUCAUCUAUUUAAUGGUUAUAUUAGGAUAAGGGUCUGUGGUUAGGGGCAAGUUCUAACUCGUGCCCUCUGGUAUUCAGUCAGUGCCAUAGGGAAAGACAUGGGUGAAUGAUAAGAUUGUUUCCUGAUGAGAGCUCUGUGGAUGGGCCUGUGUGGAGGCCAACUGAGGACUUCUGAAUCUAUCAACAGUUCAUUAUGAGAGUUGAGCCCAGGCAAAUGACAGCCAGUUGAGGGGAGAGGUGAUUUGUCUCUAUAAUAAAAAACACCCUCUUCCUUAGCCCAACUGCCCCAUUUCCCUCACCACUUGCCUCCCAACUCUACAUAACCUUUGGCUCCCUUCCCGCUCUCCUACCAUCACAUUUCCUUCCUCAGUCUUUCUUGCCCUCUGUUAUAAAGGAUUGAUUUUGUGAUAUUGAUUGCUUUAAAAUGUAAAUGAUAGAGAACUUGUUUUAAUGGCAGAAGUGGACAACAAAACAAUAAUAAACUGAAUCAUUUUUGUGGAA